AUGAAAUAUGAAAGAUUUACAGAAUCCUUUAUUACCUUUAUAAAAAGAUUUCUAUUUUAUUCUGCUUUUGUAUUAGUUAUUCCUUUGCUUUUCAUUAAUGCUGUUGAAUUACAACAUCAUAAAUACUUAAAAGAUCAUAAUUAUUCUAAAAUUAUUAGGUAAAUUGAUCAAUUACCUAAUGAAUAAAGAGAAUCAAUUACUGCAUAUCUAAAUAAUGAAUUUUCAAUUCAAUAUAAAAUUUUAUUUUUGAUUCCAUUACUAUUCAUUGCUAAAGAAUUAUAAGAAAUAUAUGAUAAAGAAUUUGAUGACACAUAAAAAAACUAACUUAAUUCAAGUAAUAAUUUACCUCCACCUCCAAUUUUAUAACCUAAAGUUAUCUCAGAAUAUGUUCCUGAAAAAAAUGAGGAAAUAUUACGAAUUGAAAGUUAUUAUAGAAAUUAAAAUCAUUUUGAUUAAAUUAAAAAUAGUUAAGAAGUCUAAAAUAGUAAUAGUAAAUUUGAUUAAUCAGAUUUAAUCAAUAAAUUAUAGUUUGUAAUUUAUUAUGUUAUUUUAGACAAUAGAUAGCAGAUAAAAUUAAGUUGUUUAAUCAGAAUAUAGCAAUAAAUAAUUAGCCAGAGCUAGACAUUUAGGAAAGGAUAAUGAAUAAAAUAAUGAAUCUCCUUAAUUUAAACCUGCCAGAACUCAAACUAUUAAAGACUUUUCAUUUACAUAACAUACAUAAAAUACUUAAAAUAAAGUUGAUAAUCAAAUCACUACCAAAAUAUAUCUACUUUUGACUGAAAUCGCAAUUCUAAAAUCAUGCUUUGGCUAUCUUGUUGGUGUCUAAGAAAGAAUUUCAAUUGCAAUAAUCAUAAUAGCUUUAUCAUCAUUAUUAGAUAUUAUUUUAUUUAGUGAUUGGAUGCUAUUCAGUAAUCUUAUUAAUAUAUUAAAGUCACUAAGCCUUCAAUGGUAACUUAUUUGA